AUGGCUGCCGCCGUGUUGUUCCUCCUUGCAGUGACCAUUGCCUGGCCAGCCCUGCCCGUGUGCGGACAUUCGGUUUCUACACAAAGAUCUUUCUCCAUCGACUACAAAAAUAACUGUUUCCUGAAAGAUGGGAAGCCUUUUCAGUAUAUCUCAGGUAGCAUCCAUUAUUCCAGGAUUCCACGCUACUACUGGAAGGACCGGCUUGUCAAAAUGUACAUGACUGGACUCAAUGCUGUCCAAGUGUAUGUGCCUUGGAACUUCCACGAAGCAGUUCAAGGAGUGCAAAACUUCACAGGCGACAGAGAUUUGGAGCAUUUCUUGGAUUUGGCAAACCAGACAGGCCUCCUGGUCAUCCUGCGUCCAGGACCGUACAUCUGUGCAGAAUGGGAAAUGGGUGGAUUGCCAGCAUGGUUACUUCAAAAACCAAACAUCGUGCUCCGCUCAGCAGACACAGAUUACAUACAGGCAGUCAGCAACUGGCUCGCCGUGCUCCUCCCUAAAAUGAAGCCUUGGCUUUAUGUCAAUGGGGGUAACAUCAUUUCUGUGCAGGUUGAAAAUGAGUACGGGAGUUACUACGCCUGUGAUUAUAACUACAUGCGUCACCUGCGGACGCUGUUCCGCUUCUUCCUGGGUGAGGAUGUCGUCCUGUUCACCACCGAUGGAAACACAGAGAAGGAAAUGGCAUGCGGGAGUCUGCAGGGAUUAUAUGCCACUAUAGAUUUUGGCACAGACACCAACAUAACAGAAGCCUUCAACCGACAGAGACGGUUUGAACCUGGAGGACCCCUGGUAAACUCGGAGUUCUACACAGGCUGGUUGGACCACUGGGGAGACCCGCAUGCUGUGGUUGACACUCAGAAGGUCAGCAGAGUGCUAGAAGAAAUGCUAACCAUGGGGGCCAACGUCAACAUGUACAUGUUUGAAGGAGGAACCAAUUUCGGCUACUGGAAUGGCGCCGACCAUGACUCCAGGUUUCGCUCAGUGGUCACAAGUUAUGAUUACGAUGCCCCGCUGACUGAGGCAGGAGACCCCACUGAGAAGCUGUUGGCCAUCAGAGAUGUCAUAACACAGUUCAGAGAGGUUCCCUCUGGCCCCAUGCCACCUGCUACUCCAAAGUUUGCCUAUGGCUUUGUCACCCUGAAAAAGGUUGGGAACAUAAGCAGUUUGUUGGACAUCAUCUCUCCUCUGGGACCGGUCAAAUCAGACUAUCCCCUGACAUUUGAAGAGAUGAAACAGUACUAUGGCUUCAUGCUGUAUCGGACCACGCUGCCCCAGGACCUCUCAGAGCCCACGCCACUUAUCUCUCCACUGAAUGGGGUUCAUGACCGUGCAUAUGUGUCCGUCAAUGGGGUUUUUCAGGGUUUACUGGAAAGAGACACUGUGCUGGUGAUUAAUGUUUCAGGAAAGCAGGAGGACACAUUGGACAUCCUUAUUGAAAACAUGGGAAGAGUUAACUUUGGCAGCAAAAUCAAUGACUACAAGGGCCUCCUGAACAACUUGAUCUUGGGUAAAGAUGUAUUGAGAAACUGGGAGAUCUUCCCUUUGGACAUUGACGGAGCUAUUGCUAGAGGAUGGCCGCAUUCAGACCAUCAACAAACCAUCCUGCCUCCUUGGAGAGAACCUUCAGCUGGGCCGGUUUUCUAUAUGGGGACCCUAAAACCAAAUGGCCUGACAUGCGAUACAUUUCUCAAGCUCAGUGAAUGGAUAAAGGGUCAGGUUUGGAUUAACGGUGUUAAUUUAGGACGAUACUGGCCGGCCCGGGGCCCGCAGCAGACCCUGUACAUACCUGGACCUCUGCUCAGUGGCAGCCGGCCCAACAACAUCACAGUGCUGGAGCUGGAAGCAGCGCCGGCUCACCUGCGCGUCCUCUUCAUGGACCGGCCCCACCUCAACUCCACAGCUGGGAAGUCUUGA